UCUAUAAGCUCAACUAAUAUGACCAUCUUAAGAAAAAUAAUAGUUUUUUUCACAUAUAUGACAAUUGCUAACAUUAUAAUUGUGGAUGGGCAAGUAAGCCAACAAUGUCCUCCUCACAUCGAAAUCUAUCCAUGUACAUGUAGCAUUAAAAAGAACGGAUUAGACGUUAUUUGCGAGCUUACUGAUUUUAAUAAUAUUAGUAAAGCAAUGGAUAGCUUGAAAAAAAGACAAAAUUCAGUAAUAUUUUAUCUAAAACUACGGCAUAACAACUUACCAAAACUUCCAGGAUUUGUUUUCUUAGGUUUAGAUAUAUAUCAUCUUACUAUCCACAACAGCAGCCUGGCUGUUAUUGAAGAAGCGUCGUUAUCAUCAAUUGGUAAAGCACUGACUCAACUGGACAUUUCUCAAAAUGUUCUUAUACAAAUUCCAUCAUCAGCACUUAAAACUUUGCACAACCUUUUAAUUUUAAACAUAAAUCGUAAUAAAAUUAGUGUUAUCCAUAAAAAAGCAUUUGAGGGAUUAGAUACUCUAGAAAUUUUAACACUAUAUGAAAAUAGAAUUUCUCACAUGGAUUCUGAUGCAUUUCGGGGGCUUGAUAAGUAAACAUGAAGAGUAAGUCAUUUAUACAAUCAAACAAGUAAUGACGAUACUUCUAGUGAAUCAC